GAGCGAGAAUGACACAACCGCCGCGAAACAGAGGAUGAGAUGCCGCAUUGGCAACUGAAACACAGCACAGCACAUACCGUACAACAAUCCUACCGCAGCUCAAGCAUCCAUCCAGAAAUUCAAUUGACUCCCGGAUUUGCCCAAACAAUAUCCCUUCUUUUCACCAUGUUCACCGGCCUCGUCGAGACCAUCGGCACAGUCACGUCGUUGACAGACCUCGACCCCUCCGUGUCCGGCGGCAACGGCACCUCCCUAACAAUAUCGGACUGCGCCUCGAUCCUAACGGACGCCCAACUCGGCGACUCGAUCUCGGUCAACGGAACAUGUCUGACCGUGACCGAAUUCGACUCGUCCAGCUUCAAGGUGGGCGUGGCGCCCGAGACGCUGCGCCGGACCAAUUUGGGUCUGUUACAAAAAGGAGGCCGAGUCAACCUCGAGAGAGCCGUCAGCGCCAGCACGCGGAUGGGCGGACACUUUGUCCAAGGACACGUGGACACAGUGGCGACGAUUGAGAGCGUGACGCCGGACGGAAACGCCCUGACGUUCCGGUUGAAGCCACGCGAGACAAAUGUGUUGCGGUAUGUGGUGGAGAAGGGCUACAUCACUCUCGACGGCGCCAGCUUGACCAUCACCAAAGUCAAUGAUGCGGAGGGCUGGUUCGAGGUCAUGUUGAUUGCCUACACGCAGGAACGGGUGGUCAUGGCGGCCAAAAAGCCGGGUGAUCAGGUCAAUGUCGAGAUCGACGUGGUGGGAAAGCUGGUCGAGAAAAGCGUCGUCGGAUACUUUGAGAGCACGUUAAAGGACGGUGCUGGUGCCCCUGCUAUCUUGGAAAAGGUUGUCGGCAGACUUGUCGACGAGAAGCUCAAGACGUUGCAAGGGUAGAGUUAAAUGCUUCGGUCGAGACGACACGACACGACACGAGACCAGAAGCCUGCGACGGUGUCGUGUCCUCCUGCACCAACGAUGAUAGCUCUUAUUGAGUCGUCGUGGAAGAUACGCGGAUCUGCAGAAAUAUACUUCGAUACCGCGCGAAAAUGGCAGUCAUGACACCACCUACUAGAAGGUCGUCACCAUUGUGUGACAAUCGAAUGGUUCCCAUGGACGGUACCGACACCGAAAACGGCUGCAGUGGUCCACGAUGAGAACAAUCCUUCCAGGCUUGAUACAGUACAUCUCGACCCUUGCAUGUCAAAUCACGCUGUCCUGACUCUACCCAUUGGACAGCUUCCCCAACCGAUUACCGUCCGAAGCUGGACUCCAUUCUCGCUGAAGUCGAACACCUUCCAGGAUGUGAAGUCAUGAAAUCCAGAGAAGCCUAGAGCCAUCCCCCGUCUGGCACACUGCAGUUCCGACCGAUUCAAAGCCGAGAUGGGAGUGCUCAGUCUGAGCAUGUCGGCAGAAGGACGAAAGGAGAAGCCUCCCAAGCCUCAACCACUACAAUUCACACCAGUCCCAGCAGGCUUAUGGACAUGUCAAUCUCAGUACUACAAUACCACACUACUGUUUGUUUUUUUGGUGCACCACGUCCAGAGCGGAGGAGUAGACGGAGGAGGAAGAGAACAGAACCUGAAUCUGGCUUCAGUCACCAAAAUUGGACCUCCCGAAUCGCGGGUUUACUUGCAAGCAACCCCUAUCUAGCUACCUAGGAACAUACGGCAGAUAGAGCAUGCCAUAUAGUAUGGUAUAGUCCCUAACUAGGUAGUACUCCAUUGGCCCACUGGGUUACUCCUACACAGGCAGAUACAACAGUACAGGCACUUUUUAUUUCCCCCUUAACUACAGUACCUAGUAAUAAGGUACAGCAGAUGUCUUUCUAGAGUAUCAAAUCUCAAUGUAUACAACACAA